AUGUGGUGGAGCGGUGAUGUUCGUGAUUAUUGGCUUGUACUUACAAUUCUCGAAAUGGUCACCAUAUUCAUCAAUGUAUAUUGUGUAUUUGUUGUAUUGUUGUUCUAUCGCUAUAUCGGUGAUCAAAUAACUCAUUACAAUGAAAAAGAAAGAACAUCAUAUCACAGGCCAAGAAUGUACGAUGAAUUCAAGAAAGAUAAUUACCACAAUGUCAACAAUUAUCUUCCUGAACUGGAACAACCUGUAAAAUCAGGUUAUCGGAAAAAUGAAUCAUCACGACGUGAUCCGUAUAACCAUCUACGCGAUUACACUAUGGUACAGCAAUCUGUCCCAACUACUCCGACCCAAAUUCGAAAAACAACUUUUGCAGAUGAUUUAGUUACCACAUGGGUCAAAGAGCAACAAUCUAUAAAAGACUUACCAGAUCAUGCUAACAGUGAACCGAUCAAGCAACAAAAACCAGAAGAUAUUUAUUCAUUGAAGCAUUCCUAUUCCGUACCAUCAGUUAAUGCUAAAACCUCGGGUGCUAGAUGUUGUCAUCGUCAUCGACACAAGCAUUGUCAUCGUCACCACCAACAUCAUCAUCACCACCAUAAACAUCGGUCAGGUUCACGACGACAUGAUCACGGCGAUCAUAGUAAUCAUUGUCGACGAAGAAGUUGUUCACGACAUCGCUAUCAUUUCCCUUCCCUAACAGGCAGUUCUGGAUCGGUGAGCACUGAUUACUCAGAUAAUUCGUAUCUUAUCAGACGUCGAUCUCGAAGCCUUGAAAAUGGUAGUACGGAAACAGAUGAUCUCAAAAUAUCUGAAGGACACAAGUCACGGAGGGCAAGAUUUGAAAAUCAUGAUGAUUUACAGCGAUUUAAAGACUAUCAACGUGAAUCACGGAAGUCGAAACAUAGCCGGUAUACUGAUAAGAAGACUUCCAAUAAUGCUUCACCAACCGUUGCAGUGCAGACAGAUUCCGCAUCAGCACACUGGCCCUUGGAUCCGCACAAAGGAUUAACGCUUCCGCAACAAAUCAUCAUCCCACCGUCACGUGGAAAUAUUGGUCCAGAUGGUUGUCCACAACCACAAACAUAUCAAAUUAACUCUGAAAUAAGGAUUUCAUACGAUCAGAAUGGUAGACCAAUUCCACAUGAAGUUUCCAUUUUGUCCAGGAAAACAGAGAAUACGGAGCAAUCAGUCCCAACAUAUUCACAACCUCGACCUUACUCAGUCACCUCUAUUGUGUGAUGAUUAUUGACGUAUUGCUACUUAUCACUUAUGCAAAUC